AUGGCUGAAGUCGAACAAUUUGCCUUCCAAGCUGAGAUAUCUCAGCUUAUGUCAAUUAUCAUUAACACUUUCUAUUCAAAUAAAGAGAUUUUCCUUCGUGAAAUAAUUUCUAACUCUUCUGAUGCUUUGGAUAAAAUUCGUUAUGAAUCACUUACCGAUCCUUCAAAACUUGAAUCUGGUCGUGACCUUUAUAUUCGAAUCACUCCAGAUAAAGAAAAUAAAGUUCUUAUGCUACGAGAUACUGGAAUUGCUUUCAUGGAAGCUUUACAAUCCGGUGCCGACAUUUCUAUGAUUGGUCAAUUUGGUGUGGGUUUUUACUCUGCCUACUUGGUAGCCGACCGUGUUCAAGUUAUCACAAAGCAUAAUGAUGAUGAACAAUAUAUUUGGGAAUCUGCUGCCGGUGGAUCUUUCACUAUUACUCGUGAUACCGUUAAUGAACCUCUUGGUCGAGGUACACUUAUUAAAUUAUUCCUUAAAGAAGAUCAAUUGGAAUAUCUUGAAGAACGUAAAAUUAAGGAGGUCGUCAAGAAACAUUCCGAAUUCAUUGGUUAUCCAAUCCAACUCAUUGAAGUCGAAGAUGAUGAUACUAAACCUAUUUGGACAAGAAAUCCCGAUGAUAUUAAUAAUGAAGAAUAUGGCGCUUUCUACAAGUCGCUUACUAAUGAUUGGGAAGAGCAUUUGGCCGUUAAACAUUUCUCCGUUGAAGGUCAAUUAGAAUUCAGAGCAAUUUUAUUCGUCCCACGUCGUGCUCCAUUCGAUCUCUUUGAAACCAAGAAAAAACGCAAUAAUAUCAAACUUUACGUACGACGUGUCUUCAUUAUGGACGAUUGUGAAGAUUUAAUUCCUGAAUACCUCAACUUUGUUAAAGGAAUAGUUGACUCUGAAGAUUUACCACUCAACAUUUCUCGUGAAAUGCUUCAACAAAAUAAAAUUCUCAAAGUAAUUCGUAAAAAUAUAGUGAAGAAAUGUAUGGAACUCUUUUUAGAGAUUGCUGAAGAUAAAGAUAAUUUCGCAAAAUUCUACGAAGCCUUUUCCAAAAACAUAAAACUUGGUAUUCACGAAGAUUCUCAAAAUCGUGCCAAAUUAUCCGAAUUCCUUCGUUAUUAUUCAACAAGAUCUACCGAUGAACUUACUUCUCUCAAAGACUACGUAACACGUAUGCCUGAAAAACAAAAAGAUAUUUACUACAUUACCGGUGAAAAUCGUCAAGCUGUCGAGAACUCCCCAUUUGUUGAAGUAUUGAGAAAACGAGGGUAUGAAGUCUUGCUUAUGACUGACCCUAUUGAUGAAUACUCCGUAUCACAGCUUAAAGAAUAUGAUGGCAAGAAACUUGUAUUUAAAGAAAUUCUUGGUGAUAAAGUCGAAAAGGUUGUUGUAUCAAAUCGUAUUUCGGAAUCACCGUGUGUUCUUGUUACUGGUCAAUAUGGUUGGUCUGCCAACUUUGAACGUAUCAUGAAAGCUCAGGCAUUACGUGAUUCUAGUAUGGCUUCGUAUAUGGCUUCUAAAAAGAUUAUGGAGAUUAAUCCAGUUCAUCCAAUCAUUAAGUCACUCAAAUCUAAAGUCGAGACUGAUAAGAAUGAUAAGACUGUUAAAGAUCUUACAUGGCUUCUUUUCGAGACUUCACUUUUACAAUCUGGUUUUACCUUGGAAGAACCUUCAUCAUUUGCCGGUAGAAUUUUCAAGAUGAUCAAAUUAGGUCUUGAUAUUGGUGAGGAAGAGGAGGAUAUUAUGGAAACUGAAGAAGUAGUUGCUAAUACUGCUGAAUCAAGUACUGCGGAAGCUUCUCAGAUGGAAGAAGUUGAUUAA